AAACGAAUUUAGGGUUAACAUUUAUACCUCUUCUGUUGCCUGUUUUCUCUUUGUUUGAUCUGUGUGUGUGUGAGAGAGAAAAGAGAGGAAGAGAGAGAGGGAGCUCCGCCGUAGUACAGCAGAGGACAACCAUGGUGCACGUUUGCUUCUAUCGCAACUACGGUAAGACAUUUAAGAAACCCCGUCGUCCUUAUGAGAAGGAACGUUUGGAUGCUGAGUUGAAGCUUGUUGGAGAGUAUGGGCUUCGUAACAAGAGGGAGUUGUGGAGGGUUCAAUAUGUUUUGAGUCGUAUUCGUAAUGCGGCUCGUCAUCUUCUCACACUUGAUGAGAAGAACCCUCGUCGUAUCUUUGAGGGUGAGGCUUUGCUUCGUAGGAUGCAUCGUCAUGGGCUAUUAGAUGAGGGUCAGAACAAGCUUGAUUAUGUCUUGGCUCUUACUGUUGAGAACUUCCUUGAGCGUCGUCUUCAAACACUUGUAUUCAAGUCCGGUAUGGCCAAGUCUAUCCACCAUGCCCGUGUUCUUAUCAAGCAAAGGCACAUCAGGGUUGGAAGACAAGUUGUGAACAUCCCAUCAUUCAUGGUUAGAGUUGACUCACAAAAACACAUUGACUUCUCUCUCUCAAGUCCAUUCGGUGGUGGUCGUCCUGGAAGAGUGAAGCGAAAGAACCAGAAAGCAGCUGCUAAGAAGGCUGCUGGCGGCGACGGAGACGAGGAAGAUGAGGAGUGAGCGUUCAGAAUCUAGUAACUUGUAGUAGUGCACAAUCAAAACCCCUUUUUUUGUUGUUAAUGCAAAUUCAGUUGCAUGGUGACCAUUAUUAUCCUUUUGUUUUGAACUUUCAAGUUAGAUUUUGCUGAAAGUUUUUGUCAUUGCUGGUUUUAUAUGGAAUCGCAUGACCGUGGAUUAUGAGUAAUUAGAACCGCAGAGCUUCAACCAGUUCCUUUUAUUUCAAGUUACAUUGUAGUUCUUGGUCUAGCCACAAUAUAGUUGCCUUUUUGCGUA